AUGUACUCCGGUUAUGUUCUCUCCAUCACACUCCUUCUUCUCCUGCUUCCGUCGGCUAGUUAUGCAUCGGUUUCACGAAGCCGAUAUAAACGAAAGCUGCAGUUCUCACCUCCCUGUCCCGAAGAAAACUACCGAUUCGAUAAAGAAACCGGAAACUUCCUCUGCCUCGUGCCCACUGGAAAGGUGUGUUUCGAGUUAUGUCAGAAACAGCACUGCAACGAGUGGUCCGCGUUCAACUUCAUGUACAGCAAAGACACCAAAAUACGCCAUCGACAGGCCUGCCGGUCCAAGAGAGGUUACGGCGACAUCGACCGUGGUGGCCCCACCAGUGGAAGGCUGAAAGGCAGGAACUCGGGCGAGCUGCUUUGGAUGAGGUGA